UUGCUCAGAGUGGACGUGUGUUUGUUAAGUUGUUGUGCAUUUUUAAAUUUAAAUUUAUUUACAUUUCUCGAUGCAGUUUAGAAGUUCCCAUUUCUCGGUACCUCCUUGUCUUGCUUGGGAGAAGUUGAACGUAGCCUGUCGGCCAUAUUGACAAGUGUCGGACCUCCUGCUCUAAAGUGCGAGUAAAUCGAGUGACGUAGUCGAGUGUGAACGAAGUUUGGAGCCGGAGUGCAGUGUUACCUAAUUCAACUUUUUGUAUCUUUGCGCGGAUUUGAUCUCCCGGCCCCCUGCGUCCGUGUCGGCGGCUUUACCGCUGCGCUACGAGAGCUUGAGCGAGCCGGCGCGAAAUUGCGAUACAAGUUCAACGUCGUUAUCGGUCGGAGUGACGCGCUGCGAUAUUGAACCUUAGUGACAAGCAAAUAGAAGUCAUAUUUACAAAAUGUCGUCGUGUCAAUCCUGUGAUCUUCUGAUCAAUAAUAAUGACUAUUUACAAUGUACGGCAUGCAGUGGGCUUUACCAUUUGUCUUGCCUAGACUUAACUUUGGAGCAAGCUUUAAACGUGAGACAAGCGUGGUUAUGUUCGUUUUGUUCAUCGGUCAACACGCGGAGACGGAGAAAUGACAACACCCCCGUUCAGCGUGCUGCUUUUGACGACUCUGUCAUGUCGUUGGAUGAUUCACACGCUGCAGACAGGCCCCCCCUCGUAGUUAGAACAGACAAUAGCAAUUUGUUAGUGACGCCGCCGAAUUCCUAUCAUGAAAUAAGAAAUAUAUCUGGAAAUAGCAGUUCACUUUUAACAUCUGGUCCUGAAGCGUUAUUACACGAUAUUUUGACGAAAGUGUCGGCGUUACAGACUCAAUUCUCGGCGAUCCAAGCAAUACAAUCGGAUUUGUCCCAAGUUAAGAAUGAUAUUGCCGAGAUGAGGAGCAGUAUCGACUCCAAAUUGACUGACUUAGCCGGCAGAAUGAGCACGAUUGAGUCUCGGGUCACCGCACUGGAAGAGUGCAAAGCAGAAUUAGACGACGUAAAAAAGGCAAUCGGCGAUGUUAUAAACGACUCCCGAAGAAAUGAACAGUGGGUUAGGCGAUCUAACAUACAAAUCAAUGGCGUGCCGGAAACAAAGGGAGAAAACUUGUUCACCAUUCUGAAAUCGUUAGCGGACCUUAGUGGAUACUCGCUGAAUACGAAUACCGACGUAGACUUUGUUACGCGUGUUGCUGUGAGGAACGACUCGGACGGCGCCAUACCGAAACCCAUUAUUGUUAAGAUGCAAGCGCGCUAUAAAAAAGACGACUUCAUGGCGUCACUUCGUAAAUUACGAAAUUUAAAAGCUUCCGACUUAGGAUACAGUACCAGCCUUAAUCGAAUUUACGUGAAUGACCAUCUCUCGACUUACAAUAAAUAUCUACUCAAAGAGGCGAAACAACGAGCCAAACAGAAAAAAUAUCAAUUUUGCUGGGUUCGCAAUUGCACAGUCAUGGUUCGUCGCGAUGAAAAGUCCCCGGUUUUGUAUAUUGGGUCGGAAGAGGCUUUAAACAAAAUUUCAUAGGCGUUACAACUUUAGCUUUGCAUUUGUGUAUCGAAAACCUUUACCUCUAUA